GUUUAAUGACUCUGAGUUAUCAAGUAUUUUCCGAAAUUAAAAAUGUGACCUUAAAUGCAGAAUGGAGUUUAUUUUUGGAAUUGAAAAAAAAACCCUACCAAAUGCAAAUAAAAAGCAAUUGACUGGCAGCGAUUUGUUAUCAACUUCUUCAGAAAUAAAAUUCGAAGUUAAGAUAUUUAAAAAGAAGCGGACGGCAAUGUCUCACCAAAACAGCCUCGUUUUUUCAGACUCUGCCCUGAAUGAAAACAUAAAAGAUUUUGGACAAAAGACGGAUACAGACAAUUAUGGUGAUGAGCAGGGAGACGGUAAACAUGAAGGGUCAGCCAUUGUUUCGAUGGAGGACGAAUUUGAUGGCCAAUUAAAGGAUGAGCCCCACAAAUAUAUACCACAAAACGCUUACGUCAUGAAACGUAAUUUCAUUCACAAGCUAAUGGACGUUGCUCUCUUAAUGGCGAAUGUCUCUCAGCUGAAAGCCCUCGUUGCCUCUGGAAACAACCAGUAUUACUACCUUCUGAUCACCUUUAUUUGUAUGUCGAUAGGGCUUCAGUUGGUAUUUACAAUUUGUAUGCUUGUAAUAAGUGCCAUUGAGAAAACGCUGGAGGAAUACAAUCAACAAGAGUCCUUGCAAGAAUCAACAAGUCCUAAAAUGGAAAAGAAGAAAUGGCUUGCCGAUAUGCUUGACCGUGCUUCAAGUGUUCUUGUUCUCUUUAUCAUUGUAUCCAACGUGUUUAUUGCAGGCUUUGGUGUGGAAAGCCAAGGUCCAAACCAAUGACGGUCUUGAAGAAACACGUUUCUAGAAUUUAAAAAAAAAAUCCAUGUGAAUUCGCGAAAAGUUAAACAAAUUGUUUUCAUUGAAAACGCGUAUCUUAUUUGUUAAGUACAUUUUCGAGUAAAAGAACAAGAGAUAAAGACAGACUGAGUUGAUUAUAACUUAUUUGUUAUCAUGAUUCUUACGUUUGGGACCAUAUUUCUGUAUGACUGUGUCACUGUGAACAUGCUACAAUUUAUAAUCUAGUUGAAAUACAUAUAAAAGCAAACGUGAUAAGCAAAUAUCUGUGAUAAAUUACAUAUAUUUAUAUAAAAAGCUUAUAUGAUUAUAUUGAAUAAUUGUAUGGUACGAGGAUUUCCUCACUCCUUGAUUAUACAGAGAUCAAACUAUUUAUUUGCAUGUAUAUGACUGCUGUGGUUUGUUUGAUAUAUUUGAUGUUUUAUGUGUAGUAUACACUUAUAAAUGAUUAUAUAGAUUAACAUAAUAUAUGAUUGUUUUUAAUUAAUAUAAUUUUAUUUUAUUGGUUAUUUUUGACAAUAAAGUUAUAAAAAUG